AAUGUUUAGAGUAACCGGACCUCUUUCGGCGGCAUCGUCUCCGGCGGCAGCUUAUUUCUCCGCCGCUCUUAGACUCUCCGUUGUUCCCACUCUUGCUUUCGCAUCUCCUCCACCACAUCCCCGAUGGUUCUCGACGUUUUCUCGUUCAUUUCUCGGCGGACGAUUCUCUACGCUCCGAUCACGCGUUCCUUCCCCUUACCAGAUCAGGCUCUCUGGCUUCUCGUCUCCCAAAGCGAGAGCUUCGUUUAGCAGUGGGAGUAGUAGUCCAACUAGAGAGAUUCUUGUGCAGCAUGUGCUUGUUAAGGAAGGUGAUUAUGAGCUAAUUUCCGAGCUCCAUAAGAGAAUCUUGGAUGGAGAGGAUAUGAGUGAUCUUGCAGCUGAGUACUCGAUUUGUCCAUCUAAAAAGGAGGGUGGUUUACUUGGAUGGGUCAAAUUAGGUCAAAUGGUACCAGAGUUUGAGGAAGCUGCGUUUAAAGCAGAGCUGAAUCAUGUUGUGAGGUGUAAAACCCAAUUUGGCUGGCACUUAUUGCAAGUUCUAUCUGAGAGGGAACCUGUGAAAGAUAUCCAGGUGGAGGAGUUGCAUUCCAAAAUGCAAGAUUCAGUUUUCAUGGAAGAGGCUCAGUUAAUUGACGUGAGAGAACCUGACGAGAUAGCCAAAGCAUCAUUGCCUGGAUUUAAAGUGUUCCCGCUCCGCCAAUUUGAAACCUGGGCGCCAGAAAUCACUUCCAAGCUGAACCCUGAGAAAGAUACAUUCGUCAUGUGUAAGGCUGGUGGCAGGUCGUUGAAAGUCGCGAACUGGCUGCACUCUCAGGGCUUCAAGAGUGUGUACACUGUGGCUGGUGGAAUACAAGCUUAUUCUCUCAAGGUCGACCCAUCAAUUCCUACUUACUGAACAAUCUCUUCAGUCUCAAGCUUCACAGGACCACCACUAACAACAAGAUGAACAAGAAGAAGAGAGAUGGGACAAUAACAAUAUCGAAGGAUGGGAGGACAAAAGGUAGAUCAGAUGAGUAUUUUAAUGACAGAACCUAUGAAUGUGAAAUGAAGACCAUUUUCGAUACUUGCUUCUUCUUUUGUUUUCUUGAUCUCAGAUAAUUCAGUAUUCACUCAGUCGUACCCCAAGUAUCACUCAGCCUCAUAUCAUUCUGUACAAUUUCACUAAAUUAUUUUUGACUUAAAAUUGAAUGACUUGUAAGAACAGAAACCCUACACAAUAUCUGUUCUGUACCAUGAUGGUUUAAUCUGAAGCAAACCAUGAACAAGUGUG